UAAUUCUUUUUUUGCCGAGGAAACUGGAAAGUUGAUUCCUUGCAACAGCCAGGAAAGCAGGGGGGCCAUUCUAAAAGCAUAGAACAAAACACACACACACACACACACAAGAAAAAAAGCUGGAAAACCCCACCUUUUUCCACUAUCUUUGAUUUAUUAUAUAAAUAUCCAAAUGCGUUUUUAUCUACAACUUUAACAGUUCUAAAUUGCAUUGCAAAGGAUGCUGUUUUUGUUCCCCAUACAAGGCUUUUGAUAAGAGAGAUUUAGCAGAAUUUGUUGUAUAUAUCAAUAUGGGUAAUUGCUGGGGAUCUGGUUCUUCUGAUACAGAUGCUACUACUCAUGUUUACAGCUCCACCAAUCUUCCUACUACCCCAGGUACAUCAAAUAACUGCAGCAACAACAUGGAAUCUUCAGCAACCAGUAGUAUUAGCAACAGCAGGAGUCAAUUCUCUGUAUCAGUAAGUGAAAUAGUGGAGGAGGAAGUACCAGAUGGGCAAAUCCUGGAAACAUCAAACUUGAAAGUCUUCACUUUUGCAGAGCUAAAGGCUGCAACUAAGAGCUUCAAUACACUGUUGGGCGAAGGGGGAUUUGGUAAGGUUUACAAAGGUUGGUUGGAUGAGAGAACUUUAACACCUUCCAAGGUUGGCUUUGGAAUGAUUGUUGCCAUUAAGAAGUUGAAGCAAGAAAGUGUUCAAGGCUUUGAAGAGUGGCAGUCAGAGGUGAACUUUCUAGGAAGGUUAUCUCACCCCAAUUUGGUUAAGCUGUUGGGAUAUUGUUGGGAAGAUAAAGAGCUGCUCCUUGUGUACGAGUUCAUGCAGAAAGGAAGCUUGGAAAAUCAUCUAUUUAGAAGAAAUCCAUCAGUUGAACCUUUAUCUUGGGAAACCAGGCUUAAAAUCAUCAACGGAGCUGCUCGAGGUCUAGCUUUUCUACACUUUUCUGAGAAGGUCAUUUUUAGAGAUUUCAAGGCCUCUAAUAUAUUGCUUGAUGGGCACUACAAUGCAAAAAUAUCAGAUUUUGGCUUGGCUAAAUUGGGGCCUUCUGGUGGAGACUCGCAUGUAACUACCAGGGUUAUGGGAACAUAUGGUUAUGCUGCACCUGAAUACAUUGCAACAGGACAUUUAUAUGUGAAGAGCGAUGUGUAUGGAUUCGGUGUGUUGUUGCUUGAGAUAAUGACAGGCUUGAGAGCAUUGGAUACAAAACGACCAGAUGGACAGCAAAAUUUGGUGGAUUGGCUUAAACCAACACUAUCCCAUAAAAGGAAGUUCAAAACCUUUAUGGAUGCACGGAUUGAGGGCCAGUAUUCAUCCAAGGCAGCAACACAAACAGCCGAGCUCACUCUGAAAUGUCUAGAGCAUGAUCCUAAAAAUCGUCCAUCGAUGAAACAAGUUGUGGAAGCAUUAGAACGGAUCGAAUCACUAAACAAGGAAAGACCAAAGGAGUCCUCUAAAUCCGGUUCCAUUCAUUCCUCAACUACGCCUAGGCAUAGACAACAAUCUAGUAGUCAGCGUCCACAGUUUCAUUCAAGGCAACAUGGCACUUGAGCAGCAGUUCCUCCAACAGUACUAAAACUUGGGCUCAGGAUCCUGCAUUGUAUUAUGGGUAUUUGUGGUUUGCAUAACUGUGUUUUCACCUGUUUUUUUUUUUAAUUAAAAUGAUGGGAUUAUCAUGAUUAUUCUUUUAGAGAUUUCUCCAUGUAUUAUAAUUUAACAAAUUUUGUAACAGAAGUCUUCGUAGUUCAUACAUAUGUUUUGUUUUGUUUUGUUUUGUUUUGUUAUGGUGACUACAAUAUAUUUGUAAAUGGAGAAGAUUGUUGAAUGUCUUAAA